UUUCGCAAACUACACAAACUUUUCCCGCCUUUUUGUUUUUAUCAACACCGCAAAUUCUUCUUCCCAAACACCGAAAAAACCUCUUCAACUCCAAUUUACUCAGCGCAAAUCCCCCAGGCGACUUCGCAAACAAGCAAUGCCUUCUCCGGCCCCACAUCGCACCCCCCGAGCCAACCGUCUCGACGAGGAUGCCCCCACGCCGCGCGCCCGGAGGCAAGCCGGGGGCCAAACUCCCAGAGGCCACCGCACUCCGGCGCGCGAAGACCCGCCAACCCCCUCGCGGACGCCUCGGAGGGGCCAAGCCACGCCGGCCCGGAGCGACACCAUCGAUACGCCAAUGCGGUGGGGCGCAGCCCUAAGGGACGUGGACGGAGACGGCGACAUUCCGGCGUCUCCGGCGCAGAGCAUGCCAGCGUCGAGCCCCGCAGCAGGCUUGAUGAGCGAGAUUGAUUUGAGUUCGCCGUUGAAUUACGGCACGCCGUGCUCGUUGGGCUCGAUCCGCACCCCCAGGUCCGGAAUCAGGGGGACGCCCAUUCGAAUGCGUCCUGACGUGCGGACUGAUCGCAGGAUUCGGCAAGUGAACGUUGGAGAUUUGGAGACAGUGCCAGAGGGUGGGGAGAGUGACGCAGGGCCGCAUUUGGUUAUCUGGGGCACAAAUGUUUCCGUGGCCGAAUGCAAGGAGAAGUUCAAACAGUUUAUUUUGAGGUUUAUUGAUCCGAAUGCUGAACAGGACGAACGGACCGACGAUAUGAACGUCAAUGAGCCGCUGUAUUUUCAGAAGCUGGAUGAGAUUAACACUCUUGAGGAACCGUUUUUGAACGUGAACUGUGCCCACAUUGAGACUUUCGAUGGAAAUUUGUAUAGGCAACUUGUCAGUUAUCCACAGGAAGUGAUACCAACAUUUGAUAUGACGAUCAAUGAGAUGUUUUAUGAGAGGUAUCCGGCUGCGGAACUGGAGCACCAGAUACAAGUGAGGCCUUUUAACGCCGAAAAGACGAAGAAUAUGAGAGCGCUUAAUCCUGAAGAUAUUGAUCAACUGAUUACCAUAAGUGGGAUGGUCAUUCGGACGUCCAACAUUAUGCCAGAAAUGAGAGAAGCUUUCUUUAAGUGUAUAGUGUGUUCUUUUACGACCUCUGUUGAAAUAGAUAGAGGUCGUAUCACGGAACCCACGCUUUGUACCAGCUGUAAUACCAAUCACUGUUUCACUUUAGUGCACAACAGGUCCCAGUUUACUGAUAAGCAGAUGAUAAAACUCCAGGAAUCCCCAGACGACAUGCCUGCUGGACAGACCCCCCACACGGUGGUCCUUUUUGCCCACAACGACCUCGUCGACACAGUCCAAGCCGGUGACCGAGUUACAGUAACCGGUAUAUACAGAGCGCAAGCCCUUCAAGUCAACCCUCGCCAACGCAACCUUCGAGCCGUGUAUAAAACCCAUAUAGACGUUCUCCAUUUCCGCAAAAUCGAUACCAAACGGCUAUACGAAGAAGAGGACGGAAAAGACCAUCGGUUUCCUCCGGAGCGCGUGGAACUUCUACAGCUGCUCUCAGAAAAGGAAGAUAUUUACGACAGAUUAGCGAGAGCCAUAGCCCCCUCAAUUUACGAAAACGAAGACGUAAAGAAAGGGAUUCUUCUGCAGUUGUUCGGGGGGACGAAGAAGACUUUCGUCACGUCGGGCCGGACGAAUUUCCGGUCGGAGAUCAAUAUACUGUUGUGCGGAGAUCCAGGCACGUCGAAGUCGCAGCUGCUGCAGUACGUCUACAAUUUGGUGCCUAGGAGUCAGUACACGUCUGGGAAAGGAUCGUCAGCGGUGGGAUUAACCGCUUACGUGACCAAAGACACCGAAACUAGGCAACUCGUGCUGCAAACCGGAGCGCUAGUUUUAGCUGACAACGGCAUCUGCUGCAUUGAUGAGUUCGAUAAAAUGAACGAUUCUACGAGGAGCGUUCUUCACGAGGUGAUGGAGCAACAGACCCUCAGCAUAGCCAAAGCCGGCAUCAUCUGUCAACUGAACGCACGUACUUCGAUCCUCGCUGCAGCCAAUCCUUCGGAAUCUCAGUGGAACAAAAAUAAAACGAUCAUCGAAAACGUGCAACUGCCGCACACCCUCCUGUCGAGAUUUGAUCUAAUUUUUCUGGUCUUGGAUCCACAAAGCGAGCUUUUUGACCGCCGCCUCGCCUCCCACUUGGUGUCCCUCUAUUACAAAACCCCCCAGCAAGAAGAUGACGAAAUUUUGGACAUGUCAAUCCUUCGCGACUACCUAGCCUACGCCAAAGAACACAUCCAGCCGAAGCUGAGUGAAGAAGCUUCCCAACGGCUCAUCCAAGCUUACGUUGACAUGCGUAAGGUGGGGUCUGGUCGUGGCCAGAUCUCCGCAUAUCCUCGACAGUUGGAAUCGCUGAUUCGGCUGUCGGAGGCGCACGCCAAGGUGCGCUUUUCGCAGACGGUGGAGAUCGUGGACGUGGAGGAGGCUUGGAGGUUGCAUCGGGAAGCUCUGAAACAAUCGGCGACCGAUCCGCUGUCUGGGAAAAUCGACGUGGGGAUUUUGACGACGGGGUUGAGUAGCGCGGCGAGGAAGAGGCGGCUGGAGUUGGCGCAGAGCGUGAGGAAGUUGAUUGAGAGCAAGGGCGGUGUACCCACUAUUAAUUAUCAAAAGCUGAUGGCGGAGAUCAAGGAGGGUUCGAAUGUUAUGGUGACGAGGGAGCAGUUUGAGGAUGCGUUGAAGGAUUUGCAGGAUGAAGGGAUUAUCGUGGUUAUGGGGAAGACUACGAUACGGGUGUGCAAGAACAGAGAUUGAGGAGUGGUGAUUGGGGUUACGAUGUUGUUUUAAGGAGUGUAUUUGUACUGCAUUUUAUUGAAUAAAGUAGUUUUUUUGACCAUA